AUGGCGCCGCCUCUUCCCGAUCUCGUACACAGCAGCGGGCUGCGCGGCGGCGCCACUCCCGGAUCUGGAAUGGGCUGGGCGGCGAAGAGGAGCAGCGACGGCCGUCAACUUUCGCGGGCGCGCGGCAUCCUCCGGUGGUUGACCAGCGCGGGGAACCCCCCGGGCGACUCAUGUAGCAGGCUGCAGGAGGUGGCGGCCGUCACUCUCAGGACGGCGGCCAACUCUGACGAGCUCCUCGUCCACCUCCUCCAUCAUGGCAGAAACCUGGUAUUGGACGACACUGCCAUUCAGCAACCUGAUGAUGGUGCUGUUGAAACUAAUUUGAAAGAACCUGCUGAGAAAAUGGUCAAUGUCCACAGACCUCUUUCUGAUCUUCACCAUGAAAUGGAGGAUUUCUAUCCAGUUUGUUCUGUGAUGCCCAGCCAGAGUAUUGCUGACAAGAAUCACAAUGUCAUGGUUACUCUGGACCGCUCUGAGCAAUCAAAUGCUAAUCCCUCCGGUAAAAAAAGCGUGAUUAAUACGAGCAGAUGUUUCACUUCUCCUGUUUCUGCUGCUGACACAACUGCGGAAGCGCAACUUUCCAAUGAUUCUCCAGAUGUGCAGAUUACUGAUGAAAGGAAUUUCAACGAGAGUUGCAGUCAACUGUGUAAAAAAGUCGAUGAUGCGUCUAAUAGCAUUAUCAGUUCUGCAAAGCCUCGUGACAAUCACUCUUCCGAUUAUAGCACCGCAUCCAAAGUUCAGUAUGUAAUCAAGGUUAGGACUAGUUGUUGUAUAAGAAAGAAACCACCUCAUGAUCCGAGGAGAGUUCUUCUCUCGUCCGAUCCUACUUCUGUCCCUGAAACAAAUCGAUUUCCAGUCUCUGCUCUUGAGAGGAGAUAUUAUGGGGUGUUUUGCAGACUUGGACGGAGUGAAAGAUAUCAGUGCAUGACUGCCAUUAUAUACCGCAAAGUCCGCUGCUCCUACCUCUCUCUUGGUCAGUCAUUGAUGCCAGGGGGUCAUGUCAAUAACUUUCUGAUUUCUGUUUUCUGCCGGAAAUUGUUUGAUGAUUGCCAUCCAUCAGUUUCUAAAAAACAUUACUUCUUCUCGUAUAUUGGGGAAAACAUUCUAAAAUACAAUAAUAAAGAUCAGUUUAAACUCAUACAAAAUACUUUUAAAAGUGCAAGUCUAGAAAAGAAAAUUGAUGCAUGUGAACUGCUAUUCUUUCCUAUAUGCCAUUGUAAGCACUGGUUUUUAUUUGUUGUUGACCUGCAAAAUCGUCAAUUUGUAUUUAUGGAUUCCUUGUUCCGCAAGAAGUCCCGUUAUCAAGUUGUGGUCAGCGAGAUGCUUGUUGGUAAUUUCAAACAUUUGUGGAAGGAGAUAGUUGAUGCAGAGUAUAGCUUCGAUAAUUUCAGAACUGUCUAUCCUGCUAUGCCAAGACAAGGAAACGGGAAUGAUUGCGGUGUCUUUGUCAUGAAAUGUAUGGAAAUCUGGACUCCUAGAGUUGUUCUUCAUGAUUACUUCUCAAGAGCCAACAUUCCAAAUAUAAGGAUACAAUACACGAAUCAGCUGUUCUUCAGUUCAAAGAACACCGCUGAUAAGUCUAUGGUAACGCAUUUCCUUCGAGAGGGGAAAUUUCACCGUGUCAGAACGGACGUAACUUCGGAUUCGAACGUAUCUCAGUAACCAGGACAGAGGAGAAAUAGACAUUGUAUCAGAAUUGAAAACCAGGACCGGGGAGAAAUAGAUACUCUACUAGGGCCAUGCCCGCUGGUUGCCGCGGGAAAUUGUGAUUAGGUUUUCAUUGAGGGUUUUAGCCAAAUUAGUUGUAUGCCAUCUAUGUUGUUUUUUGUUAUGGUGCAGCAAGCAUUGGUGAGAAACAUCGAAUGUCAUGCAUUUAGUUUGAAGAUCGAAGACAACAAAGUAGUGCAGCAAAGUACA